UCCAUCGUUGCAGACAAAACCACCCUCCUCCUUGUCCUAUCUCGCCCUUCCAUCCUCCUCACCACAUCCACGCCAUACCCCUUUUGCCGCCGCCGUUGCCAGAUCUGGAGCGACUGCAGAAGCGCUGGUUGAUGGUGCGACUUUACCCGCGGCCAUGGUGAAUUCGGCGAAGCCAUCGACCGAGCCUCCCUUGUCAGAUCCCGCGAUCGAAGGUGGCGUUGGGGAUGGGAGGGGCACUCCUGCAGAGGCUGUGACGGCUUCAUUAGGUGUCCACCAUGGCACGCCGUCGUCGCUCCCGUCGACACUCAAGACGUGUGGGAGCCAAGGAUUGCUGCGGUCCACUCCCGUCAACCGUGUCGGCGAAGCAGUCGCCCCGACCAUGGGCACCUCCUCGCAUGAUCUGGACGAGGUCAACCAGAGGCAACAGCUCGGCCUCGAUGAAGUGACCGCAGCACCGGGCGUUGGCAAGCCUGCGGAACACGAGUCCCCUAAUGUCGCUGAGGCGGUUUCUUCGCGGCCGUUGAAGGCGCAUACCCGCCGCCGCCCUGCUAUGUCGUCCCAAGCAGAAGUGGUAACCAUGAGCGCGCUACCACAGGCGUCCGAGCGCAAGCGACGUUCGGUCCGCGCCGAUGCACUCGACAGGCCACGGUUCUCCGUGACGCUCUCCGCGGAAGAGAUCGAGGAAGACAUAUACGCCCUCACCGGCGCGCUGCCGCGCAGCCGCCCUCGCCACCGCCCACCCGUAGUGCAGAAUCGGCUCAACUGCUACUUCCCGGCGCGCGGUUAUCGGAGAUCAACGCGGAGUCCUACCGGGUGCCGGAUGAUCACUGAGUCUCUCAACUCACCAAGCAUCGUCGCCCAACAGUAAGCAAGCAAAGUGAAUUCACCGAUCACAAUUCACAUUCAAUUCGUUGCUUCCAUUGUGAGCUACAUAAUCCAUGGAUUAAUUGGUCACAUAGAGUAAGAGUUGGUAUGUAUGAAUCGCAUCAACAGACUCGUUGUAAGCAACAAGUGAUGACUUGUCAGUUGGUUUUCUUUUUUUAAGUUGUAGUAAGUGAUAUUCUGUUUCAUAGUAGCAGUAAGUAAUAUCCUGUUCUGUAGUAGCACCAAUGGUGGUUCGUAACUUUGGUAUCAUCAGAAACUGGAAGGACGUAAU